CCGGCCUGCCUCGGCUCAACAAGGUGGGGGGUGUCGGAGCGCGGCUGUUGCUGAAGCCGCUGUUCUCGCUCGCUGGCAUUUUGAACCACCCUGGAAAGAGCAGCCACCGGGCGGGUUUCCCUCACGUCUUCUUGGGGAUGUUGAUACCGACGCACGCCGGCUGAAGAAGGUGGUUUUCCGUAGCAUUUCGUGACACAACCCUUAGCCGGAGGUAGCUAAGCACAAAGGCGUUUAUCCAGCCGCCAGCCCAGGUUAGCUAACGGGAGCUAGCUUGCUAACAACACAGCCGGUGAGGACGACCCUGCGCAGCCGUACGCGGGUUAAUCUCCUGCCGCCUCGCGUUCGCUGUGUUUUGGCGAUAUCCGUGUUAGCAUCGAGCCGUCGCUGCUCAUGCCCGGGACACUGGGAGCUGCGUGUGUGCGUAGCGGGCUCGGGCUGCGUGUUUCUCCAGCUAGCAACGACGGAGCUUCGGUCCAGCAGCAUCCAGGGAUGGUGGCGGUAGCAGGAGCGUGUUAACGCUGCUUCCCCGAGUGCGAACGAGCCCGUGGAAGAAGCGAGGCGCCGCUUUAAGCCAACUAGGAGGGGGACUCCUCGGUUCCGUGUGUAAAGGGUUGUCAUUCCCGGAGGUGGAUGCCGCUGACAACGCUCGGAACACGGCGGGGCUGACGCUGCGGACAUCGUUAACCGAUCGAAGGGGAUUAAUUUCGCGUCUCUAUAAGUGGAUUUCGGCCUCUUCCUCUUCAGGGGGAGAACACCGGGACGUGAUUUGACAUUGAGUGAAACCCCGACAACCUCCCGCUGUCCCCGCGACCUUCCCACCGCUGCUUCACCCUCCCCUCCCCUCCCCAUCCGAUGCGGAGAUCUCAGUAGCACCGGCGACCCAAUCCCCCCCCAACACACGGCGGCCGGACAUGCUGAAGUGUAUCCCCCUGUGGCGCUGCAACCGCCACGUCGAGUCGGUGGACAAGCGGCACUGCAACCUGCAGACGGUCCCCGAUGAGGUGUUCCGCUACAGCCGCAGCUUGGAGGAGCUCCUGCUCGAUGCCAACCAGCUCAAAGAGCUACCAAAGCCUUUCUUCAGACUACUGAACCUACGGAAGCUUGGCCUGAGUGACAAUGAGAUCCAGAGGCUGCCACCUGAGGUGGCCAACUUCAUGCAGCUGGUGGAACUGGACAUCUCCAGAAACGACAUUCCUGAGAUCCCAGAGAGCAUAAAGUUUUGCAGGGCCUUAGAGAUCGCAGACUUCAGUGGAAAUCCCCUCUCCAGAUUGCCAGAUGGUUUCACUCAACUCCGAGCGCUGGCUCACUUGGCACUCAACGAUGUGUCAUUGCAGGCACUGCCCAACGACAUUGGAAACCUGGCCAACCUGGUGACGUUGGAGCUCAGGGAGAACCUGCUGAAGUCUCUGCCCUCGUCACUCUCUUUUCUGGUGAAACUGGAACAACUGGACCUGGGCAGCAAUGAACUGGAAGUUUUGCCGGACACCCUCGGGGCCCUCCCCAACCUGAGGGAGCUGUGGCUGGACCGUAACCAGUUGUCCUCAUUACCACCAGAGCUGGGGAACCUCCGGAAACUGGUGUGUCUGGAUGUGUCAGAGAAUCGUCUGGAGGAGCUUCCCUUGGAGAUCAACGGCCUCCUGGCCCUCACUGACCUGCUGCUCACACAGAACCUGCUGGAGGUCGUCCCAGACAGCAUAGGUUGUUUGAAGCAGCUGUCCAUACUGAAGGUGGACCAGAACAGACUGACCCAGCUGACCGACUCAAUAGGGGAGUGUGAAAACCUCACAGAGCUGGUUUUGACGGAGAACCUUUUACAAUCACUUCCUCGCUCUCUGGGCAAACUGAAGAAGCUGACCAACCUGAAUGUAGACCGCAACCGUUUGGGCAGUGUGCCCAAAGAGCUGGGCGGCUGUGCCAGCCUCAACGUUCUCUCCUUGAGAGACAACCGCCUUGGCAAACUGCCUGCCGAGCUGGCCGAUGCUACUGAGCUGCAUGUGCUGGAUGUGGCUGGAAACAGAUUACAAAACUUGCCUUUUGUGCUGACAAACCUCAACCUGAAGGCCAUGUGGCUCGCAGAGAACCAGUCGCAGCCGAUGCUCAAGUUCCAGACAGAGGAUGAUGAGCAAACUGGAGAGAAGGUGUUGACCUGCUAUCUACUGCCCCAGCAGCCUUCCCCAAGCCUAGAAAACUUGCUACAGAACAGUGUGGAUGACAGCUGGACAGACAGCAACCUGAACCGAGUGUCUGUCAUUCAGUUCCAGGAAGAGACCAAGGCUGAGGACGAGGAUGAUGAGGCUGCAGCAGAGCGCAGAGGUCUUCAGCGCAGAGCCACACCGCACCCCAGCGAGCUGAAGGUGAUGAAGAAGGUGAUUGAGGAGAGGAGGAAUGAGGCCUACACAACCAGAUUUGAAGGAGAAGAAGAGUCCUCUGACCCACAGGGGAAACGGCUCAGCGACCUCUCCAAUCAAAGUCACGACUCCCAGGUAUCCAACAGCACAAUAUCGGCCACCUCCCACGAGGAGAGACAGAACACGACGGCCGUCUUGCGGAGGGAGGAUCACGUGGACGGCCGUUCCCCUCAGGAGGACGAGCUGGACGAGAUGGAGGUGGAGUACAUUGAGCCAACUGUGCACUUUGCAGAGGAGCCCAUCAUCCGCUGCAGGGAUGAGGACGAGGACGAGGACGGGGAAGACGUUGAGAGGAGCGAUGAAGAGGAGAGGCUGACCAUUCCCGCAGAGAAGCAGCGUCUGAUCCGAAAGGACACGCCGCAUUACAAGAAGCACUUCAAGAUCACCAAGUUGCCCAAGCCCGAGGCGGUGGCCGCACUGCUGCAGGGCUACACUGCUGACAGCCUCAAUGCUCAGAAAAAGGCGGCUGAGGAGGAAGAGGAGGAUGAAGAUGAGCAGAGUAUUGGUACCCCUCAGCCCCCUCACAGAGUGGAUGAGCUGGAGGACAGCCGGCAACAUGUCAACUCCAGUCAAGUGAAGGGGGUGUCAUUUGAUCAAGUCAAUAAUCUGCUGAUUGAACCUGCUCGAAUUGAGGAGGAAGAGCACACCCUGUCCAUCCAGCGACAGACAGGCGGUCUGGGAAUCAGCAUUGCCGGAGGGAAAGGAUCCACGCCUUACAAAGGAGAUGACGAGGGAAUCUUUAUCUCCAGAGUAUCUGAGGAGGGUCCUGCAGCCAGAGCGGGGGUCAAAGUGGGAGACAAACUCUUAGAGGUGAACGGAGUCGACCUCAAUGAGGCAGAACAUCACACAGCGGUGGAAGCUCUCCGCAGCUCCGGUGCUUCAGUGUCCAUGUCGGUGCUCCGGGAGCAUAUGGUGGAGCCAGAGAACGCCAUCACCACCACGCCACUGAGGCCGGAGGACGACUACUUCCCGCGGGAGAGACGCAGCAGCGGCAUCGCCUUCAACAUGGAGCCCAGCCUCAGCGGGCCCAUGCAGCGGCUGUCCACCUCCCUGUUCCGCAACGACAAGGGGCUGGGAUUCAGCAUCGCGGGGGGGAAAGGCUCCACGGCGUACCGCACAGGGGACACGGGAAUCUACAUCUCUCGCAUUGCAGAGGGUGGAGCGGCCCACAGAGACAGCACGCUGCGUGUAGGAGACCGGGUGAUCACUAUCAAUGGUGUAGACAUGACAGAGGCCAGGCAUGACCAGGCAGUAGCUCUUCUUACCGGCACCUCCCCCACAAUCGCUCUCCUGGUGGAGCGAGACCCGAACGCACCAGGGGGCUCUCCAGGUCAAUCCCGGGCACGUGCCCACUCCCCUCCACCCCCAGAACCCUCCGAUUCUCCGGACCAGGAGGAGGAGGGCCUCUCGAGUCAAGGGAACAACCUGAGUCGGAUGGAAGACGAGUACCCAAUCGAGGAGGUAAUCCUGAUGAAAUCAGGUGGCCCCCUUGGCUUGAGCAUAGUGGGAGGCAGUGAUCACGCCAGUCAUCCAUUCGGCAUCAACGAGCCGGGAGUGUUCAUCUCAAAGGUGAUUCCUCAGGGGCUGGCAUGUCAAAGCGGACUUCGCGUCGGAGACCGAAUAUUAGAGGUGAACGCCAUCGACCUGCGUCAUGCCACCCACCAGGAGGCGGUGCGAGCCCUGCUGGCCAACAAGCAGGAGAUCCGUAUGCUGGUGCGGAGGGAUCCCUCACCGCCGGGGAUGGAGGAAAUCGUCAUCCAGAAGCAGCCGGGGGAGAAGCUCGGCAUCAGUAUUCGCGGAGGGGCCAAGGGUCACGCUGGAAACCCCUUUGACCCCACGGACGAGGGAAUCUUCAUCUCAAAGGUGAGCUCAAGUGGAGCAGCAGCAAGAGACGCCCGACUGCAGGUGGGCAUGAGGAUCCUGGAGGUGAACAACCACAGCCUGCUGGGGAUGACGCACACGGAGGCAGUGCGGGUGCUUCGUGCUGUGGGAGACUCUCUGUUCAUGCUGGUGUGUGACGGGUUCGACCCAAACAAAGUGACAGCUGUGGAGGCGUCUCCUGGGAUCAUUGCAAACCCAUUUGCAACAGGCAUUGUGCGCAAGAACAGUAUGGAGAGCAUCUCUUCUAUAGACCGAGAUCUGAGCCCAGAGGAAAUGGAGAUCAUGCAGAAGGAGUCUGAGAUGGUGAGAGAGACGUCACAGUGGGAGCGAGAAGAGAUGGAGAAAGUGGAGCAAAUGCGCUUGGAUCGUGAGGAGGCAACUCGCCUGCUAGAAGAGGAGACUGAGAACAUCGGCACUGGACCUUUAAAACUUGACUACAAAACCCUGGCUGCUCUUCCCACCACCAGUCUGCAGAAGGUCAACAGGGCCCCCUCCUCUGAUUUCACCAGGACAGACAGCCCCAUCAGGGAAACACCCUACUCCCCCACCAUCCAGCCGGCAAACAUUCAUUGCACCUCCACUCCCACUGCCAAGGACAACAGCCCAUCUUCAACGCGACCGGGUGCCAUCCAGCCGGUCGGCCGCGUGUGGCCGAGUACCUCCCCCGCCACUCCGGAAGGCCACAGUCCCAACCCCUUUCAGCAUGGCCCCUCCCCCUUCAACUCCCAGACCUCUGAGCUGUAUGGUGUGAGGAACAAUUUUCAUCCGAAGCAACCUUCUCCAGAGCCUGAGUUGCACAACGAGGUGUUUGAUGAUGACAUAGAAGGUCAGGAGGGAGCUGGGAAGGGUGGGACCUGCCCGGUCUCCCCCCGGCGGGAAUAUAUGAGCCUGGCAGCAUUGCCACGUCACUCCAGGCCUUCAGGCGACCUGCAGAGUCCUUCUCCUCGGGGCACAGGCAGCCCAGAGCAGAGAUCCUUCAGGGACAGACAGAAGUAUUUUGAGAUCGACGUGAAGCAGCAGACUCCUGAAAAACCCAAACCUCGAGUCUCUCUUGUUGGAGAGGAUGACCUCAAGAACAUGAGGGAGGAAGAAGCGAGGAAGUUUGAUCUGCGGGCGCAGGAGUACCUCCUGGACGAAGAUGAGGAUGAUGAGGAGGAGGACUUGGCCAAGCAGGUGGCUCAGAUGAAGGCCAGCGGCAAAGUGUUGCUGGACGGCGUGGAGUAUAAAGUGGAGCCGGUGUCCAGCCCUUCUCAGCACUGCGCUACACCCCCGAGCUACAACCUCACACCACCGAGCUACUGUGGCAGCUCAGGACCCUCCUCUGUUGACGGUAAAGGAGACUCUCAGAGGAAUUCAAUGGAGGACAGCUUCAGGCUGGAUCAGAGGCCCAACUCCAUGACGGGUCUGAUCCCAGCGUAUCAAGGGGACUCGGCGGCUCCCAUCCGCACGGCCAAGGCAGAGCGCCGACAUCAGGAGAGGCUUCGUAUGCAGAGCCCCGAGCUGGCGUUCGGCCUCGACAAGGACCUGUCCCCCGCCGAGAAGAGAGCUCUGGAGGCUGAGAAAAGAGCCAUGUGGAGAGCAGCACGGAUGAAGUCUCUGGAGCAGGAUGCGCUGAAGGCUCAGAUGGUCAUCGCAAAGUCUCGGGAUGGGAAGAAACGUGGGACGUUAGACCAGCUGACGGAGUCUCCGUCGCCUGCUCCCACACCCUCUCCUACACCUAUGGAAGAGCUCAGUCCUUGUGGAGUCACUUCACCGGGCAGACUGUCCCUGUCGUCAAAGAAGUUUGACUACCGACAGUUUGCCGCCAUUCCUUCUUCCAAACCCGUAUACGACAUCCAGUCUCCUGACCCAGUCGAGGACCUGCAGUUCAUUGACGACGGCUCCAGCAGCCCAGGACCCACUGCCAACCCCGAGGCAGAGGUCGCCCCCCCCGCCCCCGCCACCUCCGCCCUGGAGGAGAUGGCCUUGUACAGCAACAAGCGCAAACUGAGGCAGGGCCGCCGCAGCCUGGAAACCGCCGUGCCCACGUAACCCCUCACACCCCGAGAGAAGGAACCCGGACACACACAUUCACACGCGCUGUGGAACACUGGCAGAAAAAAAACACAAGGGUGCCGAGUCACUCAACACUACAUGGUGUCAGUAGAGCCAGAGCUACUCCCACACAUAUAUAACCACUGCAGAGACUACAGAGCUUGAUAGUUGCCACACACACACACACACUCACUUAUAUCCUGCGUGCCAGUCUUGCCUUUACAGUCUGGGUGAGUCGGCAAGUUGCUCAACGGGCGAGGCAGAGCCUGUGUGGUUAGCUAGGAUCGCUACUUACAGACAUUCUGUUUUUAUUUUUAUCCACGCUCUGCCUAGUAGAUCUAUUUUAACAAGAGGUGACCGAAAUAUUUAGUUUUUUUGUUUUAUAAUUGUCUCGCUCCAAUGAUUAAAGAAAAACAAAACAAAAAAAACAUACUGGAAGAGAAAAGAAAUGGGUCAUAUCUGUACUAAUGAUAUUUUUAGACUUUCAGUGACUAGAUUGUAAAACGUCGGGGGGGGGGGUUCUUGUGACAGGGGCGGACAGGAGUGUACAUAUUAACUGAGGGAACAUCCUGCUACCUUCAUGCUCACUAGCUUUUAAAAAAACACACAUAUUGUUUUGUUGCACUGACACUGAUCAGCUUUUUAAGAACAUAUCUUUACUAAUUUAUUGUUUUACUCAAUUUGAAGGCCUUUUAUUUUACACUGUUUUAACACAUCCGGUCCCUCUGGGUUGAAGCAUAAUCCCAGAUUAUACAUUUCUCCUUAAGGAGUUGCUCAUUACUUUAUCAUUAAAUCUACUUUAUUAACCUGACCAGGGGCGUUUUGAUUUGAUCAUAUCUCCAGCUUUAGACAGCGUGGAUGAAAUCAGCAUCAAACUGAAACGUAUGACCACCUGCUGGAGGCUGGAGCAGUUACAGCCACUCAGAAUAUUGAAUAUCAACAUUUGGGAACAUGCUUCAUUUUGCUAUUUGACGGUACUGACCCUGCCUUACCCUCACCCCCCGAUUAUCAAAUAUUGAAUCAAUGUGAAUCAUUCAUUUCUAUCCUUUGUUUUAUCAAGUGACGUGAAGGUAGCAGGGUUUUUUUCUGUCUAUCGAUAAUUUAAAUCUGAUGCCACUGAGAAAAAAAAAAAAAAAGUCAUUUAUUGUUGUGUGAAUAAUGUACAAAUACUGAAAGAAGAAAAAAGCAAACUUUGGGUUGGACACGGAGCCGGUUUGGAGCCGGACCAAUCGAGUGCGUGGGUCUGGACGGGCUCUGCAUGUAUAUUGAUCUGUUGGUGGGAGAGAGGUCGGAGCCCAUGAGAAGCUCCUCCCACACGUUGACCACGAUCAGCUCGCCGCUUGACGUUCUGUCGGUUUAGGAAUCUGACGGGUAUUUUUGCAGAAUCACAGCAUCGUAGCAUUUGUGUUAAUUUAAUGUAGGGUCUUCUAAUUCUAGCUUUCCAUGUUGCUCACGGACUGAAUUCAGUUUGUUUGAAAACAUUUUCAAUGGCUGAUCUCUUCUUCUUUUUUUUUAAACUUACAGUAGAUCUUUUAUUUCCCCGGUGGGUUUCACUACAUUCAUUAAUGCAGUGUUUCAAGUUUGUGUUGAUUCUUUUGUCGUGAGUUCUGUUUGGGGGCUUUUACUUGCAAAUAGGUCGGAGGGAUUGGGUCAGAAGUCCCGGGGUCGAGGGUUAGAGCUCAUACAAGACUGUAACUAGUGAAUUUGUACAACCAAAGAAGUCUAUUUUGUCGUUCAGGAAUAAUAAAUUUUACUUUUCAUUUAAGAAGCUGA